GCGCGGUGACAACUGGGUACUACCACACUCAUACAGGAAGAAUAGGCGUAGCAGUCGGUCUUGCUAGCUACCUAUUUCGCAGAGUACCACAGAGACGAUUGACGUUGAUCAAAGACCUAAUCAGUGCUUGUCCAAUUUAGCAGGUAUGGCAGAGUUGGCAAGUCUGGUGCAGCGGCUGGAGGUGGCUGUAGGUCGCCUGGAAACGGUGGCAGGCAGCGGGGGCAGCAGCGGUGGUGGCUCUCCUGGAGUUGUAUCAGCGUAUGUGGAGGCCUAUGACGGCAUCAUCACCGGGGCCGUUGCCCAGUACCUCACCCUCAGCCAGCAGAUAGGGGGUGACGUCCAGAAGCAUGCUGACAUGAUGAAGCAGGCGUUCUCCUGUCAGAGACAGCUCCUGGUCACCGCCUCCUGCUCCCAGAAGCCCUCUGAUGCAGCCUUGACUGCUCUCCUGGCACCAGUGUCCAAAGUGAUCCAGCAGGUGCAGACGUUCCGCGAGCAGAACCGCUCCUCGCCGCUCUUCAACCACCUGUCAGCCGUCAGCGAGAGCGUGCCGGCCCUGGGCUGGGUCGCCAUGGCUCCUAAGCCAGGCCCCUAUGUGAAGGAGAUGCAGGAUGCUGCCCAGUUCUACACCAACCGUGUGCUUAAGGACUACAAGGAGAAGGACGCAAAGCAUGUGGACUGGGUGAAGGCCUACCUGUCCAUCUGGACCGAUCUGCAGAGCUACAUCAAGCAGCACCACACCACUGGGCUGACCUGGAGCAAAAGUGGUCCCUUGGCCUCUGGCGCUCCAGCAGCCCCUGGCUGCGGCGCACCACCUCCCCCCGGCCCUCCUCCCCCUCCCAUGGACCUCAGCAUGUCUUCCGGUGGCGGUGGAGACCAAGGGGCAGACAACCGUAACGCCCUAUUCGCCUCCCUCAACAAGGGAGCAGACAUUACCAAGGGCUUGAAGCACGUGCCCAAAGACCAGAUGACCCAUAAGAACCCCAACCUGAGAACCCAGGCCGGUCCGGUACGCACCGGGGCCAAGCCCUUCACAUCCGCCAAGCCAGCCGCCACAGCCGCCCCGGCAGCAGCCUCUCACAAGCUGCCACCCGUCCUGGAGCUCGACGGCAAGAAGUGGAAAGUGGAGAACCAGGAAGGAGUCCAGGGCCUGGUAAUCAGUGACACAGAGCUGAAGCAGGUGGUCUAUGCCUUCAAGUGUAACAACAGCACCCUGCAGGUCAAGGGCAAGAUCAACUCCAUCACCUUAGAUAACUGUAGGAAACUGGGCCUGGUCUUCGACGAUGUUGUGGGUAUCGUAGAGGUGAUCAACUGCAGGGACGUCAAGAUCCAGGUCAUGGGUAAAGUUCCCACCAUCUCCAUCAACAAGACUGACGGUUGCCAUGUCUACCUGAGCAAAGAUUCACUGGAGUGUGAGAUCGUCAGUGCCAAGAGUUCUGAGAUGAACGUACUGGUACCUGGCAAAGAUGGAGACUAUACUGAGCUUCCUGUUCCUGAGCAGUUCAAGACUGUCUGGGACGGCAGUAAGCUUGUCACCACCUGUACAGAGAUCGCUGGAUAGAGGGGGCCGUCUCCGGAACCACCUCCCCUUUGCAAAUGCCUACCUGACUGAUGGAUCGACCAACCUGCUCACAAGCCCACAAAGUAGACAGAGAUGCCAAUCUCGCCCGUAUUUUUGCUAUUCGCCAAUGACAGCUUUAGCUGUUUCUUCCUUCAGCCAAUGAGGACUGCUUGCUUUAUCUGGAGCAUUCCUUCAGCCAAUUUGCAGGGAACAGCUUGUCAUUUGCUGUGGUUAUUCUCAUGGCCAGUGAGCAUGUUUUUUAAAUGAAUUUGCCAACAAUCACAAUAUUUGAUUUGUACAUUCCAGCAAAUUCUGAAUAAACACUUUAAUAGCGAACAUGAGAGAGCCAGGCUUUUAAUCACACUUCUGUAGUUUUAACUGCUCAGCCAAUCAGCCUAUGCUUUCACCAAUUUGGAAUUGGGUUUCCAUUCCCUCUCUGGUCAGGGGGGCAGGUGUUCAGGGGUGGAAGAGGUUUCAGUUCCAUUUAUGCAAUUCAGUCGUGAAGCACAACCAAUCCCUCUACAGAUGACAGUGCUAUCACUUCCGAUUUAAAAAAUGUUAACAUUUCAUAGGGAUUAACUGUCAUCACUCUUACAUAGGUAAAAGAACCAGUAAUGUGCAGGAUCACUUAAUUUUUAUAACACUGCAGCAGAAAUGUUGAAAAAUUAACAAACGGUUUAAAGCAACCCCCCCCCCCCCCCCAACCCAGGCCACAUUCCUUUUAGCAUUUAAAAUAAACAUUCCAUGUUGUUGAUGAUGCAUAAGAGCGGUUGUAAGGAUGUGGUGACAAUUGACUUUGGUCCUACUGGAAGUGAAAGUGGUUCUAGAAAGAGGCAGAUGUGAAUGCUGUUAAUGAACCAUUAACCGUUAAGUCUGGGGUUGCUUCCUGAUUGCUGAUUAUCAGACCUGCUGUAAUGGCGUGUGUAGGUAUUUUGCUUUUAAUACUAGUCUUAAACCCAGUGUCGCCAUCACCUACACAUCUUUCCACUGUCAAUUCUGAAUCCUUUGGUUAUCCUGUUUUUGUAGCUGUCAAGCUCUACUGUGGAGUUUUUGUAUUGUCAUUAUUAUUAUUUUGUAUCUCUUUAUUUGGGUUAAGAAGAAUCUGUUCAUUAGUACUGGAGGAAGACAUCAUUAAAACAUAAUUAAAAGUUGCAAUAAAACAUUUGAGGUUU